GUUUCUUCCCGCCCACUGUCCUUCGCUGCCAGUCCCCAGCCUCUGGGCAAAGCCCACCUGGUCCGUAGAGCAGAACGGGGUGCCGGUGGGUCCAAGCUCAAGCCUGGCCGCGGGUAUCGGAAGCCCCAGGAUACAUGAGGUACAAAGUGCCGUGAGGGACCGUUAGCCUGGAAAAUACGGGGAACUAGAAAACUGGCAAGUGGUGUGAAACGUUGUGUAGGAAAACUUUCAAGCACCCUAAAAUGGGCAACUUUGAAGAGGACACACUUUCCGAUAAAGGCCGCGCUCUGUAAUGGGUCUGCAGAACUCCAGAGGAACCGAAACUGCCCGACCUGAGCCGGGACUGGUCCGGAGUCAGGAUUGAAACUUGAACCCAGGACCCCUAAGGCCCCAGAACCCGAAGCUUUUCUCCACCCAGCCGGCCUUUCUUUGGAAGCACCCGGUACGUCUCCCCAGUGAGGUGGAGGAAAGGAACGAGCCGCCCCCUCUUCGAGCGGAUUCCGCUGUGCCCCACCCCUCCCCCGCUUCCUGAUUGGCUGGUGGUCCCCGCCAAUUAGAAGUCUUCUCCAAUGCCCCCGCCCUAUUAACCCAGGCGUCACUCUAGUGACUGGCUUGGGAUGAGGUCUCUCAACUCCGGACCUGUAAAGUCAACUGGUACUUGCUGAAAUUCAGAUUCCUGGGCCCCACUUUUACCGAAGAGCCUGAUUUAGUAGGUGGGGCGGUAGACUCUGUAUUGUGAACAAGUGUCCGGAUUAUUCUGAUAUCCCCCGCCGUCUGAGAAGCCCUCAUUUCAAUGGCCCUUGAGGCGAGGCUUGGGUCCAGUACUAACCUGGAACUCAACAGAAGCUGGGAAGAGAGCAGUUCUGGAAGGUGUCUGGAAGACUAGUCUGGGUGGUCCCGGUGGCUCUGAGUGUGUGUAUAGGGAGACAGUAGGCUCUCUGAGCUGGGAUGGGAUGGGGAGGGGAGGACAGCUUUGUCCCGACUCAGGGCAGGUGCAGCUGCCCUCCACCUUCCCCAGGGAAAACUUUAGGGGCGAAGAGAAAAAUCCAACAGCAUUUUCCAAAUCCAGAUGUUUGGCUUUAUCAACCUCGUACACAGAUCGUGGUUGCAUUCCUUCUAGUGUAGCAUAAAAUGUAGAUAGAUUUGUUCAACAAGUGAGAAGGUAGUAUAAAGGAGAAUCAGAAAUCUUUCAGCAACCAGGGGCGAUCAUGGAUCUGAGACCUGUGCAGUAAGUGAAACUGGGCCUCAUGCUUUGUUUAAUAAUUUGGUUAAAUGUUUUGCUGUCACUUGAAAUUAUUAAUAAUAUCUUCAGCUUUGCAUUGGGCUCUGCAAAUUAUGUAGCAGUUUCUGGGCCACAAGCCUUUGCACACAUAGGCUCUGGUCGUCCCCUCAACAUUUUGGCUUUCUGGAGCCCAGAGAUGCCCCUCUCUCCAGGCAAGAGCUUCUGGAAGUGGCAGAGUUCCCAUCUCUCCCAGGACCAUGGCUGAGCCUGGAGAGCAACUGCCAGAGGAGGUGCUGGCACUCAUCUUUCGCCACCUGUCUCUGAGGGACCGUGCAGCUGCUGCCAGGGUCUGCAGAGCCUGGGCUGCUGCUGCUACCUGCAGUGUGGUGUGGCACAACACGACCAUCAGUUGCGACUGUGAGCGAGAAGGCACGCUGCUACCAUACCUGUCUGCCUGCCUGGACCAUGUUCACAACCUACGACUGGAAUUUGAGCCGGCGAGGGAGCCGAGCCGCCGGGCGGCCACUGAGUUGCUAACCGCCCUGGCGGUCCGCACCCCGGGACUUCGAAGCCUGCGCCUGGAGUGCCGCGGAGAAAAGCCGCUCUUCGAUGCAGGCCGCGACAUCCUGGACGCCGUGCACGCUAUAUGCCGGGCAGCCUGCGCGCUGCGCCACCUCGACCUUAGGCGCUUGCCUUUUACGCUGGACGACGAGUUGGUGCUGCAGGCGGCACGCGGCUGCCCUGAGCUCCGCAGUCUUUUCCUUGACAACUGUACGCUGGUAGGCAGCGUGAAGCCCGACUCUGUGCUCGAGCUACUAGAAGCCUGCCCGCGCCUGUGCGCCCUCGGCCUACACCUAGCUAGCCUGUCGGGCACUGCCCUCCAGGUGCUGGCAGCGCCGGACCGCGCGCCUUUCGCUCUCCUGGCCCUACGGUGCGCGUGCCCCGAGGACGCACGCGCGCCACGCCUGCCCGAGGAAGCCUGGGUCGCGGUGCGCCGCCGCCACCCAGGACUGGCCGUGGAGCUGGAGCUGGAGCCAGCGCUGCCCGCUGAGAGCGUGACGCGCGUCCUACAACCUGCCGUGCCAGUGGCUGCGCUACGCCUCAGCCUCUCUGGGGAUACUGUAGGCCCGGUGUGCUUUGCAGCGCGCCACUACGGCGCAACCUUGCGCGCGCUUGAGGUGCGCGCGGCUGCCUCAGUGGAGCUGGACGCCGCACUGGAGUUGCUGGCGGCGCGCUGCGCGGGCCUGCGCGAAGUACACUGCUUCUGUGUGGUACGACCCUCUGUGUUGCACGCCUUCCGCGCGCAUUGUCCGCGCCUGCGCAGCUACACGCUCAAACUAACGCGGGAGCCCCAUCCCUGGCUGCCCACGCCUGUGGAGUGAUGGGGUGGUCGCCUCUCCAGCAUAUAUGUGGCCGCUAAGAUGCUGGAUGCAUUUGUCCAGGCGUGCACCAACUGCCAUCCCGCUCCUUCGGGUCUCUGUUGCGUCUUGUGCCUCUGGAAGAUAAGGGCAUGUAGGAUAGCGUUGGGACCAUCCCAGAGCGUCUUGAGUCCAUUGGACGGAUCUCCAUAAUGGGAUCAUCCUCCCCCAGUCCCACUCCUCUGCUGACGCUGCGCUAGCUCCACGGCCCUGGCGCGUGAGGGGGGCGGAUAGAGAGAGGACCCUGGCUCCUGUGGCGACUCGGGUGUGAGUGUGAAAUAAACAAAUCCUGUAGCAA